CCGGAAGUACAGUGACUGGGGGUUGUGUUUGGAAGCAAAGUGCAUUUUGUUACAUAAUAAGCAGACUGCGGCAACGUACUCGCAUCUGACAGGGAGAUGUCAGCUGUCAUAGUCGUGCACGGUGGAGCGUGGGCCAUUCCCGAUGACCUCACCAAGGUCUCAGUUGAUGGAGUCAAGGCAGCAGCACGCAAAGGCUUUGCUGUGCUGCAAAGCGCAAACAGUGCGCUGGAUGCUGUCGAGUCAGCCGUGCGGGCCCUAGAAGAUAACGCUGUGUUUAAUGCAGGUCAUGGAGCAGCUCUAAACACAAACGGGGAAGUGGAGCUGGACGCCAUUAUCAUGGAUGGAAAGACACUCGCUUGCGGCGCCGUGUCAUCGGUGAAGAACAUCGCCAACCCCGUUUCAUUGGCGCGGGCAGUGAUGGAGAAGACUGACCACGUCAUGUUGACAGGCAGCGGUGCAAACCUGUUUGCAGAGAGCAUUGGCAUAGCCACAGUUCCCGCUGAUACACUGGUGACCAAUUACGAGAGAAAAGAAUGGGAGAAGCACAAGAAUUAUGUGAUGGGCGUAUUGGAAAACUUCAACUCUCGCUGGGCCCAUGAUACUGUCGGUGCUGUUGCUGUGGACGGCUCUGGAAAUGUGGCCUGUGCCACAUCCACUGGAGGCAUCCGAAAUAAAAUGGUCGGCAGAGUUGGCGACUCCCCCAUCAUCGGCUGUGGGGGAUAUGCAGACAACUUCAGUGGUGCCGUAUCUUGUACUGGCCACGGAGAGUCAAUCCUUAGAGUCACACUGGCCAGACACAUCCUUUCACACAUUGAGCAAGGUAAAUCAGUGGCUGAGGCUUCUGAUAUGUCUCUGCGCUACAUGGGAGAGCGUGUGCAUGGUGCUGGUGGAGCCAUUGUUGUUUCUCCGACAGGUCAGUGGGCAUCAACUUUUACCACUGAGAGAAUGGCUUGGGCUGCCGUGGACAAUAAUGUACUGUAUUAUGGAUUAGAACCACAUGAAAAAUUAAAAGAGCAAUUGUCCUGAUAACAAAUUCACAAACUUUUAUUACAAGUCACGUCAAUACUGCAAUUGUACACAAAUUAUUAAUAGAGUUUUUUAACUAACCUGUGAAAUCACAUCUUUAUUUCUACGCUGGAACACAAAUGUCAAUGAACUGAGAUAAGAAAAGAUGUUUUAGCUGCGCAAGCUCAUACAUUUAAUUGUAUGUCAGUUUAUUUACUGAGUUCAAUUUGCAUUAUAUUAGAUUAGAAUUUAAAUGACCAGCAGUCAAUUUUAGUAAUUGUCAAGGAGAGUUGUGUUGUCAAAGUGGUUCACAAACUGACAUGCACAUUCAUGUUUUAAUCAUGUAUACAAUAAAAGAACUUGGUAACCGUCCCAUAUCUCUGAAAAAUAUUAUCUUUAUUUGUGAUUUUCACAAAACGUGGCGAGAGUUUUUUUUUGUAAUCUUCAAGCCGCUUUAUCAAUACAGGCCUUUUAGCCUAACAGUGGUCUUAUUCAUAAAGCUGUUGGACUUUGAAGCAAUACUUGCUGGAAUUAUGAGAUAACAUCAUAAUUUGCUUCCAUAAUGUUUGAAACUAAAAAGCACUGAACUAGGGAAACAGCACAAAAAAGGUUUCAAGGUUUUCCAUGGGUUAUAGGAUAUAUCAUAUGUUCCUGAACAACCACAACAUAAGGUACACCACCCAAAUCUAAUGAGGGUAAAGAAUUCUGCCUAUAAUAUGACUUAUGCACUGUCGAAGAGAUAUUUAUCUCUCUAUGUCGGUGCAUGUACAAUCCAUUGUUAUUCUGGUUACCAUUUUUUAGGAUGUAACUAGAUAGGUAACCAGAUAGGAAGAAUAUAUUAGAAACAUAUCUCAGUGUGAUGCAUGACAUUACUGCAAAAUUACUGAAAGUAAAGUAACAAAUGUGGGGUCGAUCGUUUUGUCAGUCUUUUUAUCUCCCACAAUAAUUAAUAAAAAAAAUAUAUAUAUUGUGGGGCUGCACGGCAUGCCAAGUGGUUAGCGUGCAGGCCUCACAGCUAGGAGACCUGAGUUCAAUUCCACCCUCAGCCAUCUCUGUGUAGCGUUUGCAUGCUCUCCUCGUGCAUGCAUGGGUUUUCUCCGGGGACUCCGAUUUCCUCCCACAUUCCAAAAACAUGCUAGGUUAAUUGGCCACUCCAAAUUGUCCAUAGGUAUGAAUGUGAGAGUGAAUGGUUGUUUGUUUAUAUGUGCCCUGUGAUUGGCUGGCGACCAGUCCAGGGUGUACCCCGCCUCUCGCCCGAAGACAACUGGGAUAGGCUCCAGCACCCCCGAGACCCCCGUGAGGAUAAGAGGUAGAAAAUGAAUGAACACUAUUGCGAUUUGUGGAACAGUUUCAAGAUCAGACAUGACACACUUACUUUAUUAGUACUGAAUUUAGGUAUUGAAUCACUUAAAUUACACCUAAACAUUACCAUAUCUGCACACUGCUUUUGUGUUAACAUCGGCUGGUGUACU